AAAAAUUAUUAUCAUUGAUGAAGGUGAAUUGGUCCGUAGAUUUUAGCGCAUCAAAACAGAAUUCGACUCCAUUCCUGACGCAACUCUGCUGCAUUUGUUGGAUGUUUCUAUAUGCAUUGGUGUGGACGAGGUAUUCGCUCUCUUAGUUCGUGUUCAACAAAAAACAUCCACACCAACUGGGAUCCAACUGCAUCGCUCCAACUCAAUCACGCGGCUCUUGUUUUGCUCGAGAAAUGCAGCACAAGGGAGCAUUUCAAGCAGAUAUUGGGGCAGAUUAUGAGGAGCAAUCUCGUUGGUCAAACGUUUCCCAUGAGCAGGCUUCUCUUUUUCUCAGCAAUCUCACGUCCCGAAAACCUGGACAUGGCUCUCCGGCUUUUCGAUCAUUAUACUCCACAUCCCAAUCUCUACAUUUACAACACCAUGAUCUCCGCCUUAUCAUCUUUCUCUAUCAGUCAAUCAUUUGCUCUCUACUGUUCAAUGCUCUCGUCUGGUAUUUACCCAGAUAAGCACACUCUCCUUUACCUUCUCCAAGCGUCCCAACGUAUAUCGGAAGCCAAACAGAUCCACUGCCAUGCCGUUGUUACAGGCUUGUUGUCGUAUGGUUAUCUGCAAAACUCCCUGGUGAAAAUAUAUUUGGAGAAUGGACUCUUGGGGCUUGCACAUCAGGUGUUCCGCCAUAUGCCUGUACUAGAUGUUGUAUCAUUUAACAUUUUGAUUGUUGGUUAUGCGAAGAGGGGAUACAGUUUUGACGCUUUGGAUCUGUUCUUUGAAAUGGUCGGUUCAGGGCUUGAACCUGAUGAGUUUACGAUAGUGGGUCUUCUUGUGUCUUGUGGGCAGUUAGGAAAUGCAAAACUAGGGAAGUCUGUUCAUUCAUGGAUUGAGAAGAGGAAGUACAUUCGUUCUUCGAAUUUGAUCUUGGGUAAUGCUCUUCUUGAUAUGUAUGCCAAAUGCAAGAAAUUGGAGUUUGCUCAAAGAGUUUUUGAUGCAUUAGUGGAGAAGGACAUCAUUUCAUGGAACACCAUGAUUGCAGGAUAUGCCAAGGUUGGGCAAUUGGACCUUGCCCGCAGUUCUUUCAAUCAAAUGCCCAAGAGGAAUCUUUUCUCUUGGAAUUCUUUAAUGUCUGGCUACUCCCAGAAGGGUGAUUAUAUGAUGGUAAUGAAUUUAUUUAAUAGCAUGGUUGGGGAUAAUGUUAGGCCUGAUAAUGUUACUAUGGCAAUCUUGGUCCAUGCUGCAGCAGAAAUUGGAGGACUGGAUCAAGGGAAAUCGAUACAUAGCUGGGUGGUUAGGAUGCAGAUAAAAGUAGAUGCAUUUUUGGGUUCAUCAUUAGUAGACAUGUACUGCAAGUGUGGAAGCAUUGGAAGAGCUUUUAUGGUUUUCAGGGGGCUAACUGAAAAAGAUGUUAAUGUAUGGACGACUAUGAUUACUGGAUUUGCAUUCCAUGGUUAUGGGAGCAAAGCUCUUGAACUGUUCUCCGAGAUGCAGGGGGAUGUACUGCCAAAUGAGGUGACAUUUGUUGCUGUUCUUACUGCUUGUAGUCACAGUGGACUUGUGGAUGAAGGGCUCAAAAUAUUCAAUAGCAUGAAAAGAAAUUAUGGUAUUCAACCAGGACUCGAGCACUAUGGGUGUUUGGUGGAUCUUUUUGCAAGAGCAGGGCGGCUGGCUGAAGCUAAAAUUGUGAUUGACAAGAUGCCAAUGGAACCAAGUCAAUCCAUAUGGGGAUCAGUUGUGGGUGCUUGUAGAGCUCAUGGAAACAUGGAACUAGCAGAGAUAGCUUUGAGAGAGUUGCUAAAGUCAGAACCUAACGAAUCAGGCGGAUAUAUUUUAUUAUCAAACAUAUAUGCUACUUGGGGAAGAUGGAGCUGUUCAGACAAGAUAAGGGAACUCAUGGAAAGCAGGGGAGUAAAGAAGACAGCUGGUUGCAGCAGUGUAGUUGUUGAUGGAGUUUUUCAUGAUUUUGUAGCAGUGGAUAAGCAGCAUCCGAGAUGGGAGGAUAUUCAGUCCAUAUUGAAUUGUCUAAAAAGUGAAAUGAAGUCCACUGCUGAUUUUUCAUUCAACUUUUUGCACACGCUGCUAGACCCAUGUUGAUUUCUGUUUAUGUUUGAAGCUUCCUCUUUGACAAUGGUGAUGCAUAGAUUUCUAAUUUGCUGGUCACGUGAAAUUAAAAUUCUCGGAAGAUAUCCUUUGGUAGAUUUUCUCCCUCGGAACUACAUCUUCAGGAAAUUACCUGGUGGAUUCUUGUUUAAUGAGCAAUUUCCCAAGCAUAACGAGGCUACUGUUAAAUCCUAUCAUCACGAGCUAGGCUGAGAAUAUAAGGAGCUCAGAAGUCAGAACUAAGGACUGCUUCAAGCUGUCAAGAAUUCCAUGGCACAUAGAAGUGCUGUCUCUGCUGACUGCCAGGAGCAGGUAUCAUCCCCAUAUGAUAUUACAGGGAUGCAUUCUUUUUCUAAACAGGCUAGCUCCUAGUCCAGUUCCCACCCAACGCUUCUUCCCGCAGCAUUUCUACUUUGACCGGCAUUUCCUCCGUUUCUGUAGACCCUCUUGAUUUAAAGGUAUUUGCGGCCUUAGCAAAACGAAGAUCUAAUCACUAAGCUAACAAAGGAUGCUAAAUUGCGUGGAUGAACAGCUAUUGUACUUUGAUUUGUUUUCCAUAUAGAAUCUAUAUUCCAGAAAUGAAAGUAUCCUGAAAUGAUUUGGCA